AUGGCGUGUUCUGAAGAAACAGCUGUGCCUUCUGUUCCUGAGCCCGCAGGUUCCGCAGUGAAUCUGACGGAGCAGUCCCAAACGAAUGGAGAUCCCAAGGCUGGCGAUUCCUUGAACGACGGCGAGCCUCCGAAAGAUGAAUUCCAUCCUGCGCAGGAACAGUCCGAGAUUGACGACGAAGACAGGGUGAAACAAGUAUUGGAGCGGGCCUGUUCUGACUUCGUUAAUACUGGGAAGUUUAGUGACAUCUAUCCGGAAGACCAUGAGGGGCGGUUUGCCCAAUUUUAUUAUGAACGCAGUCGGCGUUUGGAGCACCACAUACCUAUACGGCAAAGGGUCAAGCGGGCGCGGGAUCUCAGCUUCAUAUUUUAUGCCUACAUGCGCUUGAUGGAGGAUAGGAUCGUUGUCCUAGAGCAACGGCAAAGGAACAAUGAACCCACGGAGCAUGAAGACCACAAAGUGCCGGGAACCAUCAUCGGUCUGAACAGAACAGCCUGGUCAGGAUUCAAGAGGAGGUACGAUGGCAAAAGAGAUGUCGCUGAGGAGCACGCCAUAGACGUCCUCGUAGGCGACGCUGUCAUCCCUCACGAAGUCUGGAGGGACCGCUUGGCGCGAAACCAUCCGGAGCAUAUCCUCGACAGGUUGCGUCGUCUCCAAGCCUGGGGUCUCAGUGGUCCUUUGCAGGAGGUCCCGGAGCAGCAGCAAGACGCGGCCGACGCCAAGGCUCAGAAGGAGGUUGUGCCGGUCACGGGCGACUCUUAUCCACCGGUUCCAGAUCGCAUCCGCAUCAACGGCGAGCCACUGAGACAGCUGCUUGAAAAGGCCCUCGAGCUGGACUUCAAAUCCUCCGGCAGCCCUGUCGUCCUGCUGAGGCCGUUCAAACUGCUGGUUCACAAUGAAAGCCAGAUUCGGACGCUGUAUGAGCAGCUCGAGCAGAAGUUUACGAGUGGUGGGAACAUGACCCAGACUGGAAGCGAAGCAGCCCCAAACGAACAAGGAAAAGGCCUACUCGACACUUACGGCACAGAGCAGGCAUAUAAGGAGCUAGGCUGUCUGAUUGAGUUCAUGGAUGAGGGCCUCAAGGUCCUUCGACACCUCGAAAAUGCGUCCGUGAAUAGGAUUGCCUUCUCCGAGCUCUGGCACAUUUUCCAGCCCGGCGUCGAGGUGAUAACAGCGCAGAAGCCAACCAGUGCCUACCGCGUGUUCCACGCCACAGGUGGGCGACCAUACCUUUCGCCGCCGGAGGACAAGAAUGAGGAGGAGGAGGAUGGCUUCACGAAGCCGUAUAGGAUUCCCGACAAAUCCAGUGACUUCGUCGUUUAUUGCUACCAGAUCGACUUCGACGGCACUAAAUUUGGGCCAGUGAGCCUUUCGUUCAGCAUUCAAAAGUUCGACGGGCUUCGCGACAUCACGACGCUGCCCAUCUACCCGCUAAAAUUCGCCAAGGACUCGGUGGCGGUCCGGGAGACCCUGCUCAAGAAUGGUACCACAUUCCUUGAGGUCUGCGGCGGGGAGCAUGUUCGCUACCGCGGCCCCAAUCUACACGAGGCAGAAGAGAUCGACAGCGAAAUUGUGGUUGACUUCCACGCGGCGCUUUGGGACAGCCAGGACAAGGACAAAGACACCUGGAAGUACAAAAUCGAGUUUGGCCUUCGCUCUCCUGCCAGCGCAAAGCAGGCUGAGGUUGUCAUGGUCUCCAGCGGCGGCUGCAAAGAGACCAGUUGCUGCGAGAAUGACGUUGUCUUUAGCGACCUGACGCUCGACCACCAGCGCAUGGAGGACUUCCUCACGGAUAGGCAAUGGCUGACCACGGAUGUACGCUAUCUCAAUGAUGACCGCAGCCGGAUCCCCAAGGAGGACAUCAUCCUGUUGCCACACCGCCUGUUCGCCUUCGUGCUCAAGGAAAGAAAGUGGGCUGUAGUUGACAUCAACAACGUUACCAGAGUACCAGAGCCCACAGGGGAGACAUGGACCUCGCUUACCCUCCCGAGAGGCCACAAGGAAAUGGUCUACUCGCUUGUGCAGUCUCACUUCAGAGACCGGAAGCGCUCCACCGAUGAUGAAGACGACAUGCAGGCGGACCUUGUCCGGGGGAAAGGGAAAGGUUUAAUCAUUCUCCUUCACGGGGCGCCCGGAGUCGGAAAGACCUCCACUGCGGAAUGCGUGGCUGAGCUGUGCAAGCGGCCACUGUACCCCAUCACAUGCGGAGAUCUGGGCAUCACCGCUGUCGAAGUGGAGUCCCGGCUCAAACGCAUCUUCAUCCAGGCUCAGAAAUGGAAGUGUGUCUUGCUCCUGGACGAGGCGGAUGUCUUCUUGAGCGAGAGAGAGCACAACGUCAAACACAACAGUCUAGUCUCAGUCUUCCUACGCGUCCUAGAGUACUACCAAGGUAUCCUAUUCCUCACGACAAACCGCGUCGGCAAGAUGGACGAGGCUUUCCGCUCUCGCGUGCACAUCAGCCUGUACUACCCGCCCUUGGAUGAAAAGUCCACCAUCGAGAUCUUUGAGACGAACCUGAAGCGCACGUCCCAGCGCAAAAAGGACAAGCUGAGGAUCCGGAGCGACGAAAUCCUCGAGUUCGCCAAGUAUCACUAUAACGACAACGAGCAGCGGGUGCGUUGGAACGGGAGGCAGAUCCGAAACGCCUUCCACAUCGCUGUCGCUCUUGCGGAAAACGAGGAAGCUGAGCGGGCCAAGGGUGGCCACAAACCCCGCACGCCCAGGCUACGUGUCAGGCAUUUCCAGAUGGUCCAGGAGGCGACGAGCAGAUUUGACGAGUAUCUGACGUCGGUGCUGGGCAUGUCACAGGCCGAGCGGGCCCGGCAGAGAACCUUGCGCCAGGACGACUGGGAGCAGCAGCGCAACCGCAAGCGCCGGCACGAGCGCGAGAGCGAAGCCACCCGUCGCUCCACAAAGCGCUACUACGGCGAUGAUUACACGUCCUCGGAGGAGGAAAGCGACGAUGAUGAUUCGGACGGCAAAGGUCGUGGUGAUGGUGCUGGUGGUGGCAAAAGUAGUAAGCGGUCUGACUCUGAGACGCCGCGGCGGAGGAAGAGGAAGGGCCGAAGUGUUAGUGAGAGUAACAAUAGUGACGGCUCCGAGCAGGAGCUAACGGUACAGGAGAAGAGGGACACAGACGGGAAGGACUCGAGGGACAGGGACAGAGGUGCGAAGUAUAAGGAAAAGGACAGUGAGCGUGAGCGGGAUCGGGAUCGAAGGUCUAGCAAUCGGAUGAAGUAA